GUUGAAAACCAUGAAGGAAUUUCGUAUGUUUCUAUCACUCUGUACGGAAUCAAGCGUAAUUUGCCACGGAAAUGCCAGUGUGGAGCUGGCAAAAAAGGUUUCCGAACUCACAGGAAUACCACUCAGCAAUGGCUACGUAAAGAGGUUCGCAGAUGGUGAAAUAUGUAUGGAUUUGGGUGGAUUCUUGAACAACAAACAUGUGGUUAUUAUACAGUCCACAUGCCCACCGGUAAAUGACCAUUUAAUGGAACUUUUGCUCAUGAUCUCAACCGCAAAGAGAGCCGGAGCCAGUCAAGUUACUGCUGUUGUUCCAUACUUUGGAUACGCCAGGCAAACUGAUAAGCAUACUCCAGGGGCUCCCAUUUCAUCUGCUGAUGUCUGCAAGAUGAUAGAAACCAUGGGCGCGGACCGUGCCUUCACUCUCGAUUUCCAUAGCGUCGUUUGCUGCGGUUUCUUUAGCCCAAGAGUACAAUUCGAGAGCUUCUUGGUCCACUCGGUUGCCAUUGAACAUUUCCUAUCUCUAGGACUUGACAGCUUUUCAGUCGUUUCACCGGAUGCAGGUGCCCUCAAAAGAGCAACUGCGUUCUCUGAACUCUUUGGCGAAAAGCUAGGUGAAGGUUCAUUCGUCGAAACAAUUUGCAUGACCAAAGUAAGAACACGCGCAAACGAGGUAGACAAAAUGGACCUCACUGGUGAUGUCAAGGGCAAAAAUGUUAUUCUGGUAGACGAUAUGGUUGACACUGCUGGAACCCUGGUCAAAGCAGCUGAAAUGUUAGUAAAAGCUGGAGCUGAAAAGGUGUUUGCAUUCGUCACCCAUGGCCUAUUCAGCGGACCAGCUUUGGACAGAAUAAAAGACUCCAAGUUUACAAGCGUUGUAGUUACAGACUCAAUUCUACACAGAAAGGAAGUUUUGGAGUGUCCAAAGAUCAAGGUCAUCUCCGUCGCCAAAUUCAUCGCAAACAUGCUCGUUGGAAAACCCUAA